CUCUUUUCGAGGAAGCGGAAUUGCACAACCAGGAAGUGAAGGUGGUGAGCAACAUGGCGGCGCUGUGUGUAAUGAAGUCUGUAAGGACGGCGCUCAGUGCCGUGCACUGCGUUAUUAACAACAGUUUAACACCGCGGUUAUUAAAUGCACCCCAGUUGUCGUUUUUUGGCUGCACAUCGAGUCGUGGUAUCCGGCAAGUGGUGGAACAGCAAGAGGGGAAAACUACAGUGAUUGAGGGUCUAACAGUGGCAGCACCCGAGAGCCCACAACCUCCGAAUCCAGCUGCUAAGUGUCCGAUUUAUCGCUGGAACCUUCAGAACAAGUACACAUACACAGACGUUUUAUUACUGAGUCAGUUCAUUCGUUCUGAUGGAGGGAUGUUGCCGAGACGUGUCACUGGCCUUUGUGCUCAGGAACACCGCAAGAUCACAGUGUGUGUGCAGAUGGCCCACCGUGCAGGUCUCCUGCCAGAUCACAGACCACGUCUCCCUGAAGGCCACAUACCAAAGCCCAAGCCCAACCCACCACUUAACAGGUACCUGACUCGUUACUCUGUGAAAUCAGUGAAGCCCAUCUAUAGGAAAGGAAUGAAGUGGUGUAAGAAUCGUAUGCCUGUGGGACAUCCGGCCCUCAAGGACAACAUCAGAUAUAGUCCUAAGCCGCUCUACACAAAGCACUGACGCCUUUUCAGACACAACAUUGAUGGAGUCAGUGUAAUCAGGACAGCUGGAACCUACAGAGAUCUGCACAGUGAUAAUUACUGUUUUUUUCUCAUGGGCAUGACACGCUUGCUGCUUUUGAUGCGCUGUGAGCUGUUUGUUCACACUAUGAUGUAACAGAAUUGAUUUAAAAGCCUUGAGAACUGAAUUUGCCAAAAAAAACAAACUUCUGUAGAAAUGAAUGCAUCAUACAUGACUUUUUCUUUUUUUUCUCUAUUUCCUUUUAACAGUCUCACACUCACCUCAGUUACUGUCACAGAUUCUGUGUUCAUUGGAAGCUUGCCCUUGCUUCCCGAACUAAAAACGCUCCAAUUAAAUAUCAGUUUUAUUUACUGAAACAGC